AAAUAAAUAACAUGUUAUAAAAAUUUAAGCUCAUAAAAAAAAUGAUCCGUCAAUAAAAAUAUAUAAAUAUAAAAAAGUGGCACUAUCGGUAGAUCUGGCCAUGUGAUCAGUGUUGGUUAUUUCCAAAUUUGGAGUCACGCUGCGAGAAUGGAAAAAUAAUACGCGCUUUUCCCCACUUUACCGAUAAUGGAAAGCAAUGCUUCACAGGAACACGGGGCCAAGCCGAGAUCCAACAACAGACGCAACAACAACCAAAGACACAGAGUAGUGCGAAAACAGCCACCACGACCUGCCAGCGGUCGCCAGCACAUUUACAUUACAAGAAAAACAGACUUCAAGGCUCAGCUGCGGCGAUGCCAGGAGCUGUUCAGCUCAGGCGCUAAGGAGAUCUUCCUACACUGCAUGGGCUUCUCCGUCACACGCGGCCUCAAUCUUGCCCUGCGCCUCAUCGAACACUCCGAGGGAACCCUUAGCUACGCGAUCAACACCUCUACCAUCAGCUUGUUGGACGAAUUGCACCCACUGUGUGAUGAGGAAGACUUGACCUUUCGCCACCGCAAGAACUCAGCGUUGCACAUCAAGAUUUUCAAUCGAAGCUUGUUUGAGAUUGCGGUGCCCCCGUUGCCCGCUGCACCUACUCCGCAGCUUCAAACUCAGUCCCAGUUUCGAGGAAAAGCGAAGUCCAGGCAGUAAAAAAGAUGUUCAAGCUCUCUGAGCUGGUGCGCUGGCUGGGGCUGACAGAGUUUGAGAUCCUGGUCAAUCUUUGCGGCCUUCUCGUGUUC